CCAUGGGCUCAGCUCCGUUCUGGCAGCAUGGAGGUUCUCACGACCCAGCUUCUAUUCCAGGGCUCGUCCAGCUAUUUAAAGCGCACCAAGAGGGGAAAAGUGCUCUGAAAAUGCAGUUUCUGUGCACUAGACGCCGUGCCAAAUAUUCUGUCUCUUUCAUAGGCGGAUAGUGAGGGAUCCCACGGCUUGUCGGGUUUGUUUUUUUGCCCACUUUCAGCCAUAUGUGCUCGAAAGCUACAAGGCCCUAUUAGGGAUUUGAAAAGUCAUCUAGCGGGUGAGCGAGCAGAGCUAGCCCUCCGAACCAAAAAAAAGCAGGAUGCAGGCUGCUUUCUCAUCCAGAAAAACAGCGCCGGCCAAAAUAAAGAAAGCACUUCUGCAGCGAAAAGCCUGAAAUGGGAAGCAGCAGCCUGCCUCGCCUGGGGAGAAGGGAAGAAACAGAGGCAAACAUCCCGCCCGUGACCAACACGCAACCACACUACAGGAAGCAGUAGCCUCCGGUGAUAAAUAGGAGCCCCGGCAGCACAGGAUGCGCGUGGGGUGAGCUCGGCGGGCCGAGGGGAUGUGAGGCAGUGUCCGUCCAUCCGUCCAGCAGGCGGGAUGGCCGCGGCCCUGCUGCUGCCGCUGUGGCUGCUGCUGCUGGUGACGGCGGUGGCACAGGGUGAGGACGCCGAGGUGCUCUGCGCCGACACCGCCUGCUACACGCUGCACCGGGCCGAGCUGGGAUGGGGCGCUGCACAAGAGCGCUGCCAGCACGACGGCGGCAACCUGGCUCCAGCAAGCAGCCGGGCCGAGGCCGAGCGACUUGAGCAGCUGCUGACAGCCAGCGCGGCCGCCUCGGCGUGGAUCGGGCUGCGGCUGGAGCGCGGCCACUGCGUGCAGUCCCAGGAGCCGCUGAGGGGCUUCGCCUGGGCGGCCGGCGGGGAGCCCGGCAACUACUCAGCCUGGCUGGCCGAGCCCCACGUCACCUGCCUCAGCACCCGCUGCGUCGCACUGCGGCCCGCCGGCCCCCACGGGCCUCCAGGAUGGGUCGACCGGCCGUGCCGGGCCACGCUGCCCGCCUUCCUCUGCAAGUUCAGCUUCCGGGGGAUGUGCGGGCCCCUGCGGCUCGGGGGGCCCGGCCGGGUCAGCUACGAGACGCCCUUCAGGGUGCGCAGCCCAGCACUGGCAGCCGCCCCCUUUGGCACGCUGGCAGAGGUGGUGUGCGAGGGGGCUGCGAGCCCGGCCUUCUCCGUAUGCAAGGGGCAGCUGGAGGGGGACAGCUUUGCCUGGCAUCCUCCCGGGCCCCUCUGCCCCAACACCUGCACCUACAACAACGGGGGCUGCCAGCAGCUGUGCAUGGAGGCAUCUGGGCAGCCGUCAUACUGUACUUGCCAUCCUGGCUAUGUGCUGGGCCCUGACAUGGCCUCCUGUCUGCCCGAGGAUGCCUGCCACCCCAACCCCUGCCAGGGGACCUGCCAGCCCCGGCCCGGAGGCUUCGAGUGCAUCUGCGAGGCUGGCUACGUCCUGGCACCUGAUGGCCUCCACUGCGUGGAUGUGGAUGAGUGCCUGGAGGAGCCCUGCAAGCACGAGUGCCACAACACGGCCGGCAGCUUCUACUGCUCCUGCCAGCCCGGCUACCAGACAGCAGGGCCUGAUGGCCGCGACUGCCGCGAUGAGGAUGAGUGUGCCCGGCCCAAUGCCUGCCCCCAGCUCUGCCUCAACAUCCCCGGCUCCUUCCGCUGCACCUGCAAGGCCGGCUACCAGCAGCAGCCUGGCAGCGAUGCCUGCCUGGACGUGGACGAGUGCCUGCGAGACCCCUGUCUCGGGUCCUGCCACAAUUUCCCCGGCAGCUUCAAGUGCAUCUGCCCGCCUGGCUUCCUCCUGCAGGACGAUGGACACAGCUGCCUCGCUGCACCCACCACAGGAGAGCAGCUGGCAGGCACUGUGGGGACCACCACCAUCCUCCAGACCACCAGCACCGCGUGGACCGUGGGCACCCCCAGCCCUGCAGCCGUUCCUGGUGGGUUGACACCACCAGCCCCCACGGUGGUGGUGUCGGAGCACAGCCCCGAGCAUGGCGCUGAUGGCCCCCGGCUGCUCCUCUACUACAUCCUGGGCAGCCUGGUGGCCAUCCUGCUGCUGCUGGCCUUUGCCCUGGCCUUGGUGGCCUGCAGAAAGAGGGCGGCUAGGCAGGAAAAACCAAAAGCCAAAAGCGCGGCGGACAACUACUGCUGGGUGCCCGAGCAGCCCGAGAGCCGCAGCAGGGCAGGCAGUGAGCGCAGGCAGGGGCUGGCAAGCUUCGUCCAGCUGAGCGCAGAGGAACUCAAAAACCCCUCUGUCCUCUAUAAACUGAGCCAUGUGUCAACCAUUGUUUACAGAAGCUGCCGCCCCGGUCGGCGGCAUGACAGAGAUUCGCCGCGCCGGCCGCCCGCCAUGCGGCGGCUCCCGCUGCCGCUGCUGCUGGCCGGACUGGUGCUGGGGUUGGGGCUGGGACUCGGCGAGCCGGAGCCGCCCGUCCCGUCGGGGACGCAGUGCCUGGAGCACGACUGCUUCGCCGUCUUCUGGGAGCCGGGGCCCUUCGCGGCGGCCAGCGCGGCCUGCCAGCGGCACGGCGGCCACCUGAUGACCGUGCGCUCCACGGUAGCUGAGGAUGUGAUCGAGCUGCUGCUGCGGAACCGCGGCGGGCGGCUGUGGCUGGGGCUGCGGCUGCCCACCCAGUGCACAGAGCCGGCGCAGCGCCUGCGCGGCUUCCAGUGGGUGACCGGCGACACCCGCACCGACUACGACAACUGGGCGCCGUCGCGGCGGCGUUGCGGGCAGCUCUGCGUGGCGGUGUCCCGGGAGCUGAGCUGGGAGGAGCGGCGCUGCGAGGAGCCGGCCGACGGCUUCCUCUGCGAGUACAACUACCCCGACAGCUGCCCGCGCCUGCCGCUCGCCGACGGCGCGUCCCUCGCCUACCGCACCCCCUUCGGCGCCACCGGCGGUGACUUUCUGGCCCUGCCGCCCGGCUCCACCGCCGUCAUCUCGCCGAUGGGGCUCCAGCUGCUCUGCGAGGCCGCGGCCUCCGGCGGGAGAACGCGCUGGGGCCGUUCCGAGCCCGGAGCCUGGCCGUGCCUCCUGGCCAACGGCGGCUGCGAGGGAAGCUGCGAGGAGUUCGACGGGGCUCCGCGUUGCGUCUGCCCUGCCGGCAAGAAGCUCGGCCCCGACGGGCGCGACUGCCUGUCGCCGUGCGCCGGUGCUCCCUGCGAUCAGCACUGCGUGCCCGACGGGGAGGACUUCCACUGCAUGUGCACCGAGGGCUACGAGCUGGGCCCCGACGGCAGCAGCUGCCAGGACGUGGACGACUGCGUCAAGGUGCCAGAGGUGUGCGAGCAGGUCUGUCACAACACCGAGGGCGGCUUCGAGUGUCUCUGCCAUCGUGGCUACGAGAUGGUGGAGGGGCACUGCAUGCCCGUCCCCAACUGCAGCACGGGGCCCUGCGACCACAUCUGUGAGGACGUGCCCGGCAGUUACCGGUGCAGCUGUCACAGCGGCUACGUUGUCGACCCGAACAAUCCCACCCAGUGCGUGCGGCAAUGCGAGGACGGCAGAUGCCCGGCCGAGUGUGACUUCAGCAACCUCUCCUGUUUUUGUCCUGAAGGCUUUGUGACGGACCACCUGCCCGACGGUGUCACGCUCUGUGUUGACAUUGAUGAGUGUGAGAAUAAUUACUGCGAGCACAACUGCACCAACACGCUCGGCAGCUACGUGUGCCACUGCCAGCCCGGCUACGAAGCCUUUGACAUCAACCACUGCCGACCCAUCUCACAGGACGACAACGUGGAUGAGUACUCAGGAGAUUCUGACCCCUCCGUGCCGGUCCCCAGCCACGUCCCACCCAAAGCAGAGCACCUGCACCCUGGGGCACUGGUGGGCAUCACGAUGGGCGUGCUGUGCGCGGCGCUGGUGCUGCUGGCCAUCGGCUACCACGUGGCGAGGAAGCGCUGCCAUCCCCCCAGCUCGAUGGAGUACAAGUGUGGCAGCCCCCGCGAGAAAGAGAUGGGGCUCCAGCAGGUGUCUGCAAGCCAGAAAGUGUAGGGAGCCUGGCAGCGAGCAGGAGGUGGAUGGAACUGGAUGACGUUUGGUUGUAACCCCCUUGGUUUUGUAAGGAGAAAGCGAGGAAAGCAGCUCAUCGCAUCGACUUCUCGUGUUGCUCACCUUGCCUGUUGCAUACAGACCUCAGAUUGCCAGCAAUGCAGGGACCCCACGGAGCAUCACCUUGGUGGGGCUCAAGUGCUGAUUUCUCUCCCCUCCCACCACUUGGGAACUGUUUGGGGGUGACAUGGGUGUUCCAAGAGCACUGGGGUCAUUUGUAGGAAAGGCAUUUUCAGCGCUGGUGACACUGUGCCUUUUUUCCUCUUGUGUUCUUUCUUUUUUUUCCCUUUUUUAAUUUUUUUUUUUUUUUUUAUCCAGGGUGAGUUUAAUUUGUGUGGAAGUUGAAAGCAAAACUUCCUGGUGAUGUUUGUGAUGUUUGUGUUCCAGACCUUGCUGCUUGCUUUGCAGGUGUGGGCUGGAGGAUAAA